AGAAGCAUUUGUUUACAAACAGAAAAUUAGCUGUCAAACUAAAAAUGUAAAUUUAGGAAAUAAUUUAAAACAGCAACAUUUUUAAGCAAAUUUUAAUAGAAAUUUAAAAUUAAAUAACAUUUAAAAUGAACAAAGCGAUGCGCAAAAUAACCUAUUAUGAAAAUAUAUUAGAAUUUAAAGAAAAUACCAAAGAAGAAUUAAAUCUAAAUGAAAUAAACAAUUGGCAACUAUGUCGAACCUGUUUGAUAGACUCCAAGGAAGAUGAUGUAGAUCUAGAAAAGAUGAGAAUAAUGGAUGUCAUGGAAGGAAGUUUUCUGAGCAUAAAGGAAAUGCUAGUACAGACCACUAAUAUUAAGAUGUGUACUACCGAAAAUCUACCCACAAAAGUUUGUAAGGAAUGUUUUAGUAAAAUCACAGCAUUAUAUUAUUUUUGUAUACAAGUUCAUAAAGCUGAUAAGAUUUUAAUAAAAUUGGACCAUAAACUAAAAGGUUACAAGGAUGAAGUGUCCGAAUUUAUAACAGAGGAAGUAAACAGUUGUAAUGAAAAUGAAUUGCCUGAAGAUAGUAUACUACUCGAAGUCGAAGAACUUUUCGAUAUAGAAAAUGUGGAGGAUAUUGCAAAAAAUUUAUCAGACCCAAACAUAAUGGAUAAGGAAGAAGAGUCAAAGAAAGAUUUGGAGAAAACUGUAGACGAUAAGGAAAGUUUAGAAUAUUACGAAGAUGUUGCACAAUUAGAAGGAGCAUUUUUAGCAGAUGAUGAGCUAGAUGAUGAUAUUAAAAGUGAAGAAGAAAAUUAUCUGGAAAAAGAUCUUUUGGAGGCUCCUAGUACAAGUAGUAGUGAGCACGAGGAGGAUGAAGUGGUUGUACCUCCAAAAAUAGUUAAUUGCCCUAAGAAAAGAAAAGUUUGCAAAGCGCCUCCCAUGUCGGGUUAUAGACACAAACAGCCACGUGUUACCAGUCCUCUUUUAACUGAAAUCAGUUGCGCCAUAUGCCAAAAUACUUUUGAACGCCAACAAGAUCUUGUUAAUCACGUUCGUUCAUUGCAUCCCAAUUCAAAAGCUUAUAAAUGCCGAGUUUGUGGUAAUCUCUUCUCCCACAUACAGUCCUUAUCACGACAUAUGAACAACCACAAAGAGGCAGUGGUGUUUAAUGAGUGUGAAUAUUGUACGAAAACCUUUAUACGUGUCGAUGAUUUAAAACGUCACUUAAGAGUUCAUACUGGUGAGAGACCUUAUGCCUGUUCGUUCUGCGAAAAAUCCUUUCAGCAAUCGACCGAUUUAAAACUGCACGAGGAGAAACACUAUCUAACAAAAACAUUUGAAUGCACCGAAUGCAAAGCGAUCUACACAUCUCGUAAUGGUUUGUAUUUGCAUAAAAGAAAACAUCAUAAACAAAAAUCGGAUAUUGAAAAAGAACUUCGUUAUGCUUGCAACUUGUGCGAAAUGUCGUUUCAACAACCUCUCGAUUUGAAAAAUCAUCAAAAGAAACACUUUCUAUCGGAAAUAAUUAAGUGUGAUCAAUGUGAAAAUACUUAUAUAUCACGUAAGGGUUUAAGCUUGCAUAAGAAAAAGCAUCACAGUAGAAACGAUGGCAGACAGACAGAAAACGAGAACGAAAAAGAAAUGAUUGAUGAAUUAUUAGGAUCAGAAGAGGUUGAGGGCGAAGAAAAGGAAACUGGUAAAGAAAAAGAGGAAGAAAGCUUGAGGAUAGAAGGGGAAAAAGAAUCCGUUAGGGAAGACGAAUCCCAAUGAUGAAGGAAGAUUAAGAAAAGUAGUUAUAAAUACGUUUUGUUAUUUACAAUUAAAAUAUAUGUAUGUAUAUAAGAUCAAACAAGUAUCUAAAAUUCUGAAUAUUAAAAGAAAUCGAUUUUUUACUAAAAAUUCAA